AGUUCGUGGCUCCACGCGCUCGCUGGGGACUGCGUCUGGCACAGGGCAGCUCUGAGGGGCAACAGGGGUGGAGGGGGUCUUGUCCUGUCAUUUUCAGUGGCACGGGUCUGCACAGGUCCGCUUUCGUAGGACUUUGAACCGUCAGGUGUCCCCAGUGGGAUCAGAAAGCAGCGGGACGCUUCUUUCCACGGAGCAGGGACGCAGCGGGCGGGGGGAGGGGGGUGUUUGGAGCUGAUACGCAGAGGACGGGGUGCUCCUCUGCGUCGCGCGCGCUUGGAUCAGUGGUCACCUGUUGAAAGUGCUUCAUGGUCCUCCUCAGCUCUCCGAUGUGAGGACCAGGCUGAAGCGCGCCCCGCCAGAUGCUCCACGCGCCCUCCUCCGUGUCUGAACCCGCCGCGCCGGUGCCCGGACAUGAGCGCUGAUCUGGAGCGCGUUCCCCCCGGCACACCGCUGAACCACGCCGGCCUGGGCGGCCGUGCGCUAUCGGCCAACGUCCGGAGGCUCCACAACGGUCUGAACCUGCUGCUGAGUGACGUGGAGAGGAAGCAGUUCAUCCACUGCCUGAACGUUUACCACGCCAAGCGCAACGUCUUCGACCUGGUCCAGACUCUGAAAGUGAUCCUGAACACCCCCAGCAAGCGCCAGCUGCUGCCCAUGCUGCGCCUGGUCAUCCCGAGGUCCGACCAGCUGCUCUUUGACCAGUACACCUCUGAGGGGCUCUACCUGAAGACGGAGCUGCUCCCCAGCAACGGCAGCGUGGAGAUCUACGGAGACGAGGGGGACCCGACUCUGCACACCUAUGUCAGCUGCCUGCAGGAGCAGCCGGUCACGGCAGUCAGCUGCCUGCAGGAGCAGCCGGUCACGGCAGUCAGCUGCCUGCAGGAGCAGCCGGUCACGGCGGCUCCUCUGGAGGGAUUCGGGGCUGCGGGCUCCACGGCCGCGCUCUUCUGGGAGGGUCUCUUUGGAGAGGUGCGCAAAGUCACCCUGAAGCGCUCCAGGAGCCACGAGGGCCUGGGCUUCAGCAUCCGCGGGGGCUCGGAGCACGGAGUGGGGAUCUACGUGUCCCUGGUGGAGCCGGGCUCGUCCGCCCAGAGAGAAGGACUCCGGAUCGGGGACCAGAUCGUGGCGGCCAACGACAUGAUGUUUGACAACGUCACUCACGUAGAAGCAGUCAAGGUGCUGAAGGGAUGCAGGACACUGACCAUGUCUGUGUGCUCUAUGGGUCGCAUUCCUGGAAACCACAUCACCAACCAUGUGUACAGCUGGGUGGACCCUCAAGGUCGAGGAGUCUCCCCGCCACCCGACAGCCAGGACGCCGACCAGAGAGGGCCAGAGAGGAUGGUCUCCCUUAAUAUGGAGGACGGUUUGUCUCUGGGUCUGAUGAUCAGAGGUGGAGCUGAGUAUGGACUUGGGAUCUACAUCACUGGGGUGGAUCCUGGAUCUGCUGCUGAUGUUGGGGCACUGAAGGUGGGAGACCAAAUACUGGAAGUAAACGAUCAGAGCUUCCUCUCAAUUUUGCACGAUGAGGCUGUGAACAUCCUCAAGUCAGGGUUCAGCCUCCAGAUGAAAGUGAGGGACGUGGGUCGUCUGCCUCAUGCUCGCACCAUUGUGGAUGAGACCAAAUGGAUCUGCAAUCCGGUCAUAGCUGAAACCAUCGCCACAGCUUAUCCCACCACCGCCGCCGCCGCCGCCGCCGCCGCCGCCGGUGCCAGUGGCUGCAGCAGCAGGCCGUCGUCUGCCAGAACCGCCCCCGUGACGGGAAAGUCAGCGGGAUGCAGAGGUGUGUGUCCACCUGGCGCUCAGGUGUCUCUGGAACAGCAGGCCUUCAUGCUGCUCACAGAGCAGGAGAGGCAGACCAUGGUCUACUACCUGCAAGAGUACCGGGAGGGGCACAUUCGAGUGGAACCGCUGGCCAUGGCUCUGUUUGAGCUUUUCAACACUCAUGCCAAGUUAUCAAUGCUGUCUGAAGUUCGGAGUCUGGUGGCCCCUCAUGAUCUGGAGAUUUACGACCGGCUGGUGCAGCACCGCGAGAAGGAGGCUCGCCAAGCCUGGCAGGGGGGCCUGGGGGUACUGCACCCCUCCGGCCAGGGCAGUCCUGCAGGCUCCGUCAUUGCUCCGGAUGAAUCCAAGUCUUCAAGCGGCUGUCCUACACCAUGCAGAGCAGCUUCCCCUCAAGCCCAAAACAGACCCAGCAGAGAGCAGGACCUGAGCCGGACACCGUCAGCCCGCGUGGUGCAGCCUGAACCGGGCCAUGUCUUCACAGGCCCCCCACGACUUUUGCAGGACUGCCUCCACAAGAGUCUAAACCACCUACCCACCACCCAGUACCCUCCCUCAUCCUCCGUCCACCAAACCUGCUCCGGCACCAGACACCACUCCUUCAACGCGCUCCAUCACGCCUGCCAGAGCUCCCCCCAGCUCUCUGACUCUCACGCCCCCAAACACACUCACCAUCAUGCUGCUUACUUUAACCCACGCACUUUAGGACGCCACACCUGCUCAGACUUCCAGCACCAACGCGAUGCCUCCACAUCUGCUAAACCAACCGCAUCUGUCAAGUUCUCCUCUAGAUCCAGCUCCUGCGAAAAGUCCUCCUGUAUGUCAAAGUCUGCUCCUUCUUCUAAAGCGGCAUCUCCAGUACCAUACCCCCAUCCAUCACCCCAUCCUUCUCCAUGUCCCUCCCCCGGCCCAUCUGUCACAUCCGCUGCCCCUUCACGCAGUCCUGAGCCGCCCUGCUCUCCUGCCCUCAACCACAAGGUCACGGUGACGGGCAUGAGCCGGCUGUGUGCAGACUCCAGACCACAGCAGAGAGAAGCCACCUUGUCUCAGCUGUCAGACAGCGGGCAGACUCUGAGUGAGGACAGUGGGGUGGAUAUAGCAGAGGCAGGAGCUCUUAGUAAGGACGGGAGCCCUCGACCCAGCAAGAACCUGCAGGGCCAGCUGGAACAGUCAGGGACCUUCGCAUCCUUUUCAGGGGCCACGAGACAAGUGAGGCUUUCCCGCUGCCGUCACUGCUCACCAUGCUGCUCGCCUCUCAUCUCUACCAGCUCGUUCUGUCCUGAGACAGCCUCACCUGUUCUGGGACCCGCCGCCGUCCUGGUGCGUGUGCUGAAAAACGCUGACACUCUGGGCAUCGCCAUAGAGGGAGGAGCUAACACGCGUCAGCCAUUGCCACGCAUCGUCACCCUUCAGAAGGGAGGCUCCGCUUAUAACUGUGGCCAGCUGAAGGUGGGCCAUGUCAUCCUGGAGGUCAACGGUGUUUCCAUGAGGGGUCGGGAGCACAAGGAUGCAGCGCGGAUCAUUGCAGAAGCCUUUAAGACCAAAGAGAAGGACCACAUUGACUUCCUGGUGGUUGAUUCAGGGUCCUGGACUGGUUAGAGUGGAUUUCACAGCCGGGAGGGGAUGUACGACAUCAACACUGUCUGUGGUCAAGUAGGGUUGAUCCCCCGCCCAAAGAUUAGCUGGCGGUUUGCUGGUUGGACUCUGCAGAGAUUUGCACAAUGGAAAACUAAAAAUGGCUAUUCCAGGAAUACUUUCUGAGACCUCCUCAGUAUCUGCAUCAAUUGCUGUUUGCAUUUUUUAGUUUUUCCUUUUGAACUGAAGAACCAGGAGGUCAGUUAGUGAAAUACAGCAGUGUUCAUUCAGCAGGUGAUAUUUAAGAUGAGAUGAAUACAAAUAAACGCAGACUUUGUGAUCUUGUA